AUGUUGAUCGACGAAUCCGCCACGUUAAGUUUCAACCAGGCUGUGACCUCCAACGUUGACGUCACAAUGCCUCGAAGCGAUGAACAGAACAACAGCGAAGAAAGUCUGCGACGAGAAGUCGAGGACCUUUCAAUGACUCUAGUGAAGAUCCUGAACGAUCCGGGCCUCUGCACAAAUCCCUUCAUGCUCAAACACAUGAGCACGACAUUCCGGAUCAUUCGCGAGAGGACCAACGAGUACUGCCCUCUCGGCAAUCCGAUGUCGCGUGAAGAACACCUUAACAAUCUUCGCAACCUCCAGCUCCAAUUCCCAGCAUAUGUCAUCGAGCCGCUCAAUGCAUGCGCAUUGAUAGAGCCAUCGAACUCACCCAAGACGAGCGGUCCCCGGGCGACGGUCUGGACGACCGUUAAAGUCGGCGGUUUGCCAGGAGCGAUCAGCCGGGAGUCUGUGAGCAUCCUCCAUUGGAGGAAACGCGAGCCAGAAUCGCCCUGGGUUUGUCAUCGACACGAAGAGGUCCGAGGUGGUGGCGGCCAGACGGAUUAUUAG